CCCUCCGCAAACCGCUACCUUGAUUGCUCCUUUCGGGGACGAGAAUCUCUUAGUUCGUAAAGAUUCGUCUCCCUCGGUUCUCACCCCCCUGGCUGGGGCACUUCAUCCCCAAGUUUCUACGCCCAAACGUGAAAAUGGCGGUCCCGGAGACACAGCCCGCUCCGCAAGGAAGCGUCGCAGACCAGAAUGCGCCUGUAGCUGCGGCUGCUGAACCGAGAAAGAAGCUCCUUGGAAGACAGUUCUACGAGAGUAUUGGAAGCCCGAAGUACAUCAUUGCACCUAUGGUGGACCGGUCUGAGUUUGCGUGGCGCAUGCUCACUAGGUCGUUCAUGACACCGGAAGACCAGAAGAAGGUUCUUGCAUACUCCCCCAUGUACCAUGCGCGCUUGUUCCGUGAGCAAGCAAAUGUCCGCGUACAGCACUUCCACCCUACUCGCGCUGCCGCCGGCAAAGGCGAGGAUGAGUCGCCAUAUCUCGACGGAAACCCUUCGUUCGAUCGGCCUCUGUUUGUACAAUUCUGCGCCAAUGAUCCUGAUGAUUUCUUGGAGGCCGCGCGCCAUGUGGCACCAUACUGCGAUGCGGUGGAUCUCAAUCUGGGAUGUCCUCAAGGCAUUGCGAAGAGGGGUCACUAUGGUGCUUUCCUCCAGGAAGACUGGGAUCUGAUUUACAAGCUGAUCAACCGACUUCACAACGAACUCUCGAUCCCAGUCACUGCCAAAUUCCGUAUCCAGGAAACGAAAGAGAAGACGCUCGAAUAUGCGAAGAUGAUCUUGUCCGCUGGUGCGAACAUAAUCACGGUGCACGGACGGAGAAGAGAACAGAAAGGCCACAACACCGGACUGGCUGAUUGGAGCUACAUUCGCUAUCUCCGCGAUAACCUGCCCCCAGAGACGGUCAUCUUCGCGAAUGGCAACAACUUGAACUAUGAAGAUCUGGACCGUUGUCUGGAAGAGACAGGUGCUGAUGGUGUCAUGAGUGCGGAAGGCAACCUGUCCGAUCCAUCGAUCUUCAGCAAGCCCCCUCCAGUUGGCAGUGAAGGGAGGGAAUACUGGCGAGGCAGGGAUGGAAAGGGUGGAUAUCGUAUCGACGCCAUGCUACGGCGGUACUUGGACAUCAUCUACAAGUACGUGCUUGAACAACCUGUUCCGGACAGGAAGCCGCUUUAUCUUCCAUCGGACGCAGUGGAAGAAGAACCUGAACAGACAACCGAAACAACCGAGGAAACCGAAGACGGCCCGCCCAAGAAGAAGCAGAAGCGCGAGAAGUCAAAGAGAGCGGCCUCUCCCAGUCUCGGUGUCAUGCAGGGCCACCUCUUCCAGCUUCUCCGCCCUAUGGUCUCUGUGCAUACCAAUGUCCGUGAUGCGUUGGCAAGAUCGAGACCUGGCGAUAUGCCAGCGUUUGAGAAUGUCCUGGCUCUCGUCGAACAGGCAAUCAAGAAGGGUCUCAAGGAAUACGAGCAAUUCCCGGAACGCUUUGAGAAAGACCCGAACCAAGAACUGACCGGAUCCAAGGCGACCAUUGCCGAGUAUGGCAGGCCUUGGUGGAUCUGCCAGCCACACAUUCGACCACUUCCUGAGGAGGCUGUCGAACUGGGUGCGCUUACUGUGAAGAAGAAGAACGAUGGCAACGAAAAGCCCAAGGCGGACGAGUCGUCUGAAAAGGCCACCCCUACUGCAGAGGGGUCUGCCACUCCUUCGAAGACGGACGGGGCAGUUAACACGCCUGCCACGGCGACUACUCCGGACAACCUGGUGAGCGGUUGAUAUCACGAUUCAAUAUUUGGUGUUUUUGCGGAGUAAUGGGACCAGCAUCUUAUACCCAAGUUGGGCAUAGCUACUAUUCAUGUUAGAUAUAGACGCAUACAGAGCACAUAGUACAUAGAGCUACGUUUAUAAGCAUAAUUUUC